AUGGAGCUAUCUGCACCUCCCUCUCUUCCAACUUCUCCUUCAUCCCUACUUCUCAAAUCUAGGGUUAGGGUUUUCCACGCAACACCCAUCCCCGCUCGCCUUCCUUUCCAAGCUUCAAUCUUUUCACCCAAUCAACGUAUUCUCACUCCAAUCGAUCUUACCAGAAACGUCUCUUCCGCUGCCUUGGUUGGAGACAAUGCUUCAGCUACGACGACUUUGCCGAUUGACUCAGAUGCUAGAGUUGGAGAGGUUAAAAGGGUCACCAAGGAGACCAAUGUAUCAGUCAAAAUAAACUUGGAUGGUUCUGGGGUGGCUGAUAGUAGUACUGGAAUUCCCUUCCUUGAUCACAUGCUUGAUCAACUUGCUUCACACGGGCUGUUUGAUGUACACGUAAAGGCCACAGGUGACAUACAUAUUGAUGAUCAUCAUACAAAUGAAGAUGUUGCCCUUGCUAUCGGAACAGCUUUGCUGCACGCUCUUGGUGAUAGGAAGGGUAUUAACCGGUUUGGUAACUUCUCUGCUCCACUUGAUGAAGCACUGAUACAUGUUUCACUGGAUUUGUCUGGCCGACCAUAUCUAGGUUAUAAUUUGGACAUACCCACUCAGAGAGUUGGAACAUACGAUACUCAGUUGGUGGAGCAUUUCUUCCAAUCCUUGGUGAAUACGUCUGGUAUGACACUUCACAUUCGGCAGCUUGCUGGAAAAAAUUCCCAUCAUAUUAUUGAGGCAACCUUUAAAGCUUUUGCUAGGGCUCUUCGACAAGCAACAGAGUAUGAUCCACGUCGCCGAGGAACGGUACCAAGUUCGAAAGGGGUUCUGUCUCGUAGCUAA